UCACACCCCAGCUGUCGGCCGCACACCCAGUCAGCUCGCUCUCACUCCUUUUGUCUUCUUCAGACGGCGCCAUGGGGCUCAGCGAUGGGGAGUGGCAGCUGGUGCUGAACGUCUGGGGGAAGGUGGAGGCUGACGUCGCAGGCCAUGGGCAGGAAGUCCUCAUCAGGCUCUUCAAGGGACACCCUGAGACCCUGGAGAAGUUCGACAAGUUCAAACACCUGAAGACAGAGGACGAGAUGAAGGCCUCGGAGGACCUGAAGAAGCAUGGCAACACCGUGCUCUCGGCCCUGGGGGGCAUCCUCAAGAAGAAGGGGCAGCACGAGGCGGAGAUUAAGCCCCUGGCCCAGUCCCACGCCACCAAGCACAAGAUCCCCGUCAAGUACCUGGAGUUCAUCUCGGAAGCCAUCAUCCAGGUUCUGCAGAGCAAGCACCCCGGGGACUUCGGUGCCGACGCCCAGGCCGCCAUGAGCAAGGCCCUGGAGCUGUUCCGGAACGACAUCGCCGCCAAGUACAAGGAGCUGGGGUUCCAGGGCUAAGCCCCCUCGUGCCCACCCCCCCACACCUGGAACUGGGCCCCCAGGGAGGGCGGGGACUGAGUCCUGUAGCCGUGUAGAGUUUGUCUGCUUUGUUUAUGGGUGGUGGGCAGGCGAGGCGGAGGGAAGAGUGGUCGUUCGAGAUGGCUCUGCCCACCUGGGCACCGCGCUCCGAGGGGACCUAGGAGAGGCUUGGCUCUUUGCUCAGUGUGGCCUGCAGGGUCUGGGUCAUACUUCAACCUCCUCUUCCCUAACCCCCAACCCAGCUCCUUCCAGCGUCAGACCAGCCACACUUCAGCCUCCCCAAGCCCUCAACUAAGUCCAGCCAAGAUAGCUCUCUGAUCCCCACCUGCCCCGUGAAGACAGCACGUCCCGUGGGUCCGGGCAGGGUGGGGCAGCCACGUCCAGCACGGGGAAGCAUCUGGGUAUCUGGAACAUGCGUGCACCUUCUCAGGUGAUGGGGCGGCCCACCUGGUUUUAAUAAAAGGCCCUGCAACA